AUGCCGAGACCAUCGAGAGACUCUUACGGAGACCAGAAGCCCCCAUACUCUUAUAUUGCCCUUACUGCGAUGGCGAUUCAAUCCGCCCCCGAUAAAAUGAUGACCUUGGCGGAGAUUUACAAGUUCAUCAUGGACCGCUUUCCCUAUUAUCGAAAAAACACGCAGCGAUGGCAGAACUCGCUCCGGCACAAUUUGUCCUUCAACGAUUGCUUCAUCAAGAUCCCCCGCCGAGCUGAUAAGCCUGGUAAGGGUUCCUACUGGUCUCUCCACCCAAGCUGCGGCGAUAUGUUCGAAAAUGGCUCGUUUCUUCGCCGACGAAAGCGAUUCAAGACCGUUGGGGGAAAACGGGUCGCGAUUGACGACGGCUCACCAGAAGCUUCACCUCUGAAACCCGCUGCCCCUUCUUCUCUCAACUCCCCGUACUCACUUUCAAACUACGAAAAUAGCACCAUGCAAAAGCCUCCAAUUGGAAUGUCCAUUCUUCCGAAGCUCUCCGAAAUCGCUCCUCCUCCAGCGCCAGAAAGUCCGCACUCUAAUUCGUCCGAGAAGAAGUCCUUCUCGAUCGAAUCACUAAUGAACCCAGGGUCUCUUCCAGCUCCAAAUCCAAUGAUUCCUAUUCCUCAGAUGCCCAUGCCAAUGCCUGGCACUCUCUUGCCGAACCCAGCGAUGCCAGGAAACGGCGCUACACAAUCGCCGGGACUUUCGAUGCCGCUCGAGAUGUCGUUGAUUUACCAAAAAGCAAUGAUCCAGCAGCGGCUGCAGCAGCAACAAGCGCUAAUGGCCGCACAACUCCAACUUAGCCAGCUUCAACGAGCUCAAACGAUGCUGCCGACUUCGAGUCCUCUUCCCAUUCCGACUAUUCCCGCGCAUCCUUUCCCAGUCGCUUCCUCCGCGAGUCCAGCGAUAACGCAGCAAGCACAGGCCCUACAACAUCUCCUAGAGGUCCAGAAACGCGCCCGCGCCAUCCUCGAAAGUCAGAAAAUCCAGCUACAGCUAAAGAACUCCUCUCCUGGCGCAGGAAGCCUAGAUUCCUUCACCGCCAGUGGCAGCGCAUCGAGCGGCAGCAACUCCGACCCGGAAGAAACGAUCGUCGAAGUCAAAUGCGAAAAUUCCAUUGCCGCCAUUUGA